CAAAGGUCCGAGUUCAAACGCAAUCAAGCCGACAAAAGUGAAAUUCCAGAGCCGUCGGAUGAUCGUGUUUUCAGCUGUGAUGUUUAUUACUGCUUGCCCUGAUGAUUAUUUUCGUUUGAGAGUUCAUUGUUAUAGGUUCAAUGGUUUAACAGCAGUCAGCAGUGAAAAGACAAACGCGAGAGAAAUUUGACACCACCACCCUGCAACACAACGAAGGAAUGCAGUGACGCCAUUGGUUGCAACGGACGCCGUGCACGUUGGCUACGGGUGCGAAAACAAAAUGGCGACUUCCAGUUACACGAUUUCAAACGUUCGAAAUCUACAAAAGUGAAAGUUUUUGUACUGCAUUGAAAAGACUCACAACGUGGAUUUAUUAACCAUGGCUUCGUGUGUGUGGAUUAAUAGCAGACUUCCGUCUGCACUAACUGGUGCUGGAAUUUUCUUAAUCGUGUUUUUGAGCCACCUAAACCCUGCCGUUUGUCAAGGAGUUUUUCCGCAGUUGAUCAACGCGGCCGAGCGGAAGCCAAUCUCCACCGCGCCUGCAAUCGGCACCUGCGGGUACAGCCCGUCGACGGGCGGGCUGCUCACCACGGCGUUUUGCCGGAGUUCAACUUUAGCUUCCUCGGUCACGACGUGCCACCAGACUAUUUGCUCACAGGGGUGCCCGAGUAGGACUAGCUCUCCUUCCCCUACCCCGAUUUUGUCGCCUGCUUCCCCCUGCAUCAGGCGAGAUUCCCUGGACGUUCGGCCCUUGUCACUGGCCGGGUCCACUUCCCAUAUCUUUGAUGCUGGUUGCUUCAUUUCCCCGGGAGUUGUGCCAACCGUUGGGAGCAAUGGAAGGUUUACAAUGUCUGUCUGGUUGAAACCAGAUCCAUCUCAAACUCAAGAAGGCACUCUACUGGAGAAGCGAUCAAGCCUGACAGGCAGAAUUAUUUACACAUUGCUUGUAUCGCAGACCAUGAUAGCCUUUGAGUAUAGGACGAGUCCAGACACUGCAUAUCUAAUAAGUGCACAGGCAGACAUCUCCCCAACACAGUGGACGCACUUGGCCGUUCAGGUGUAUGACACAAAACUCAGUUUUUUCGUCAAUGGCCUGGCGGCAGAUGGCACAGCACUGGAAACGCAGACCUUACAGGGGCAGAUGUAUGAUGAGAGCAAUGCACAAACUAGAGUUGGACAGAGAAUUACAGGGGGAGACCAGUACCUGGGGCGAAUGCAAGAUUUCUACAUAUACUCGGAGACACUGACCAACCGAGAGAUUGUUGAGUUGGCCACAGGAUCCUUGCCAGAGGUCCACGCUCAAACUAACUGUCGCUGCCCUGACUCUCAUCCACGGAUCCACCCGCUGGAUGACAGGUUCUGCCUGAGGAAUGGGGAUCCAGACACGACCCCUGACCUUCAGUCUCGUCUGCGGCAGGACGCCUACCCUCUAGAGUACGCCAACGAUGGAGACGUCGGAAGUAGCUGGGUUUCCACCUUCACCGAUGACAUCAUGCUCUAUGUGGAUCUCGUCAGUGGAGAGUUCCAGGUUUUCUACGUGGUUCUGCAGUUCUACAGCCCCCAGCCCACGGCAGUCACAAUAUCCCGCCGAGCUAACGACACAGCGGACUGGACUGUCUGGCAGUAUUACGCAGAGGACUGUACCACCGCUUUUGGCAUGCCAAAUAACGGACUGCUCUCACUGCCCACCUCGGUCAACUGCUUGCAGUUUUCAACGAACCCGCCGAUCCCUUACUCUAAGGGCAACAUCACGUUUCAGCUUCUGGCCCCCGAGCCCAUCGCCAGGCCCGGCUACAACGAUUUCUACAACACCCCGGCCCUGUUAGAGUUUGUGCGGGCCACGCAGAUACGCGUCCACCUGCAGAACCACUACCAUGUCACAAACCGAAGGCACGCUUACUAUGGCAUAGAGGAGUUGACGGUUAGCGCAAGAUGUGAUUGCAGUGGCCAUGCAUUGGAAUGUGACUUGAAUGCGACGCCAUACCAGUGUGUGUGUCUGCAUAACACCAUGGGUGAUCAUUGUGACUCGUGCUCGCCGCGAUACAAUGACAAACCAUUCCGUCAUGGUGAUCAGGAGGAAGCCUAUGCCUGCAAGCCAUGCACCUGCCACAACCAUGCCAACAGUUGUGAAUACAAUGUCACGGUGGACCCCUUCCCUGACGACCACUCCAGGGGUGGAGGUGGUGUCUGCAUUGACUGCCAGAACAACACCGAGGGGCGUUUCUGCGACCGCUGCCGGACCGGCUACUACCGGGAGGCCGGCACACCGCUGGAUUCUCCCCAAGUCUGCAGGCCAUGUGACUGCUUUACCAACGGCACCGUCGGGGGAUCAGACAUCUGUAACACUACUGGUGGCAAGUGUCCAUGUAAGAGCUUCACCAUGGGUCGCCAGUGUGGCGCCUGCCAGCCUGGCUUCUUUAACCUGCAGAGCUCCAACCCGCUAGGCUGUGAGGAGUGUGGAUGCCAGACGGCGGGGACCGUCGGCGGUGAUCCCACCUGUCCAGAGACUGGGGUCUGCAGAUGCAAAAUCAAUGUCAUCGGUGACAAGUGCGACAGGUGCAACUACGGCUUCUUCAAUCUGAGCUCCUCCAAUCCGCAAGGGUGCCAGCCCUGUAGCUGUAGCCCCAGUGGUGGAGCCAGUCCUUACUGCAACCCGGUCACGGGUAGCUGCCAGUGCAACCCAGGCACCCACGGCCAGAACUGCGACCAGUGCCUGGAUGGCUACUAUGGACUGGGUCCUGGAGGCUGUCUGCAGUGCGACUGUGGCGAAGCCGGCAGUGUGCCAGGCUCAUUUUGUGAUAAGGUUACGGGGCAGUGCCUCUGCAAAGCCAAUGUUGAGGGUCCUCGAUGUGACCAGUGUCGUGCCAAUGCCUACAACCUGCAGCGCUCUGACCCAAACGGAUGCAGCGACUGUGCCUGCAACGUGGCCGGCACCGUCAACGCUUCCUCCUCUUGCCACGCCGUCGCGGGCGCCUGCUCUUGUAAGUCUCUCGUCACGGGGCGAACCUGCAACCAGUGCCUGAACGACAACUGGGGCUUGGAACCGUCCAAUCCCAAUGGGUGUCUGCCCUGCGCCUGCGACCCGACCGGUACCCAGCGCGGCAGUAACGGGACGCUGCUGGGGUGCGACCAGAACUCGGGCCAGUGCUCGUGCCUCAACGGACGGACGGGCAGGCAGUGUGACCAGUGCUCAGUUGGAUACCUCUCUUUGGAUGUCGGUGGUGGUUGCCUUCCCUGUAACUGCCAUGCCACUGGUUCCGUGUCGGAUACCUGCCACCCUGUGACUGGCCAGUGCCGGUGUAGCGAUCCGUCAACGUCGGGGGUCGCGGGGCGACAGUGCGACAGCUGUCUGCCGGAAUUCUGGGAUUUCAAUGAUGUAACAGGAAGAUGUCAGCUGUGUGCCUGUGACCCAGCUGGCAGUCUCAAUACAACAUGUGAGCCCAACAACGGCCUGUGUGAAUGUAAGGAACUGGUUACCGGUCGACGGUGUGAUACGUGUAAGAGUGGAACAAGCAAUCUGCAGGCUGGUAACCUGCUGGGAUGCAGCAAAGCUCCCGAGCAGCAGCCUGCCCCUAGCUGGAGUGCUCUGACACCCUUCUCUCUUCAGCUAGUCUGGGGUCCCCCGGAUGCACCCAAUGGGAACAUCCUAGAGUAUAGAUUGUACAGGGAUGGUGUGCUGGUGUACAAUGGCUUGUACGGCAACGAUCCUCUCGGUACCCAAGAGCACAACGACACAGGCCUGACGCCCUAUACCCAGUACACCUACUACGUACAAGCCAUGAACGAGGCAGGCAGCGCAUCCAGCCCACCAAUCACAGCCACCACUCCCGACGCCAUCCCCGCCAACUUUGACGUUCUCACCAUCACCAACGUCGGGGCCCGCACGGCCCAGUUCGCCUGGACCAAGCCCGCGGCGAUCGUCGCCCCCAUCGCCCGGUACAUUCUGACCUCCGUCACGCCCAGUAGGCCCACCCCACCCACCCAGCACUACAGCGGGCUGGCCACCAGCUACGCGGCCGACGACCUGAUCCCCUUCACCAACUACACGUUCUUUUUGACAGUGUGCACUGCCAGUGAUUGUGGGCGGGGCCUAGGGAAUGUUGCCUACACACCUAUGGCGGCUCCGGAGGGGGUGCAGGAGGCAGACGCUGUAGGGAUUAGUACCACGGCGUUCUUUAUCAGUUGGGAACCUCCCACGGAACCAAAUGGUAUCAUCACUCAUUACGAGCUAUUCAUGCGCGGCCUGCCGGGCCGGAAUGGCCUCCGUGACCCUCCAGAAACACGCAUCUUCUUCCCUGCCGGUUACUACAACCCCAGACCCACCCUGACCCCCUUGGAGACCCCGGCUGAACCCCCCGCCACAAACUUCACCCAGGACGGUCUGGAGCCCUUCACCCAGUAUGAGUUCAAAGUGACGGCCAGGAACGCGGCCGGCACUGGGGAGAGUGACUGGGCCCUGGCGCGGACCCUGGAAGCUAUGCCGUUGUCCACCCCAGCACCGUACGUGUACGGCAUCUCCAGCUCCCAACUGAACGUGACGUGGCAGCCACCUACAGAGAGACAGGCCCUAGGCUUUAUCAUCCAGUACAAUGUCUAUCAGAUUGUGAUGUCUGAUGAUCCAUUCGCUCCCCCCGAGAUCCAGACGUUGAUUCACACAUCGGAUGGAACCUCCAACUAUUACAUUGUGAAUGAUCUCCAGCCGUACGCCCUCCAUGAGUUUAUAAUUGAGGCAUGCAACAGCAUUGGCUGCGUGAAGAGUGACAGAUCAUCUGGAAGAACGCUUGAAUCAGCACCGGAAGAUCUUCAGCCUCCCUUUGUCAACGGCUACAAUUUCUCCACGAUGUCGGUCACUUGGAACCCCCCUCUGCAGCAGAAUGGUCCCACCCCUGUGUACACCGCGGUGCGCACUAUAGCAUCCUUCAACUCUUACCCACCAAGGGUGGAAAAGGGGACAAGGUUUCCUGGAGGGGCUUACUACCUGUUUCCUAGCUCCACACUUCCCAGCUCUGCCUAUACAGGAAUUGAGUUUGAGUUCCGAGUGGAGCGUUUAGUGUCACCCACCACCCCCGUUGACGCCUUGCUCCUCCUAGCAAUAUCCUCAGGAGAGCAGGAGGAAUUCCUUGCCGUUCAACUUCGAGGUGGCCGCCCCUGGUUUCUGUUUGAUCCCCAGGGUGGGGUCGCUGCCGUGACACCCACUAACGAUGGGGGUCGGGCGUAUGAUGACGGGCAGUGGCACCGUGUGCUCGCUGUACGUAACGGUGUCGUUGGGACCAUCACCGUGGACGGGGUGUACACUGGUCAAAGUUCAGCCCAGACUGCCUCAACCAUCAUCGGCAUGACAACUGGUCUCCACGUCGGCGGCCUCCCUCCGGACUUUGUCCUGUCGCGGACCGAGACGGGCAACAGCGCCCUCGUCCAGCGAUCCUUCGUGGGCUGCAUGCGCGGCCUGAGGGUGGAGAAGCAGCACCGGCCGACCUCUUUGUGGGAGGAGCUACAGUGGGAGGGGGCUGUGGCGAGACAGAACACAGUGCCUGGAUGGCAGGGGUGUCCCGUGGGACUGGCAGGAGGGGCACACUUCUUGGGAAAAGGGUACGCUAUUCUGCCGGAGGGGACGGUUACCGGUGGGCCAGCAUUCAUUGUUACCAUGGAGAUGAGGACACAGCUCAGUUCUGGUCUGGUCAUGUUUGCAUAUGCUUCCAAUGGGGCCUUCCUACUACUGCAGCUAGUCAAUGGAGACUUGGAGCUCGUCAUUCGUACAGGAUCGGCCGAUCCCCUGACCUUAUCCACCUCAGGGGCUAACCUCUGCGAUGGUCAGUGGCACUCGGUCACCGUGGUCCAGAACGGAGCCCAGGUGACGGUCAGUGUGCUUGGUGGACCGCAGGCCGUUGGGUCCGGCGACAGCACACCGCUGGUCAUCACUUCCAAGCUCUUCAUGGGCGGUGUCCCUGAGGACUCGGACGCUGUGGACUUUGCUAGUAAUGCUGGGUUAACAUUCCAAUCAGGUUUUGGUGGAUGUAUUCGUCAGUUGGUCAUCAGUGGUCAGCGGCUGGACUUCUCGGUCCAGGGAGCCGAGCUGUCCAAUGUGUACCUGGAUGGCUGCCCGGCUGAGACCAUGACCUCUGACCCUUGUAUCACGCCCACCACUACUGCUGUCUAUACGGGCCAAGCGACCAGCUUUGGGGAUGAUGGACUGCAGACGUACACUGAGUAUUUAUACCAAGUGACAGCCAGUAAUAAUGCCGGAUCAACCACCAGUUCCUGGGCAGUAGGCAGAACCAGAGAAGGGCCUCCCACUGGUGUGACCCCGCCCACUGACCCUGUAGCUCUGAGUGGUUACAUCAUUCAGCUUAGCUGGCAGCGGCCUACCGGCAACACUGGUCUCCUACUGCACUAUAUUCUGACUGCAUACGAUCAAGAUCGGUCCCAGACAGACCCGGUCAGGGUUUACCACAAUGACACUGGGCCCUCAGAGUACACUGGUAACAUCACUGAUGUGAUUCCGUUCACCAGCUACCGAGUAACAGUCACAGCCUGCACAGCUGGAGGGUGCACUGAGAGUUCGGCAGUGGAUGUCCAGACACUACAAGAAGCACCCGAAGGUGUCAAUCCGCCCCAGCCCACGUCCACCACAGCGGAUACUAUAGCGCUGACAUGGCCGGAACCAGACCGGCCCAACGGUGUCAUCACCAGCUACGCGUUACAAAUGAACGACCUGACAGUCUACACCGGUGUCCAGCAGUCGCACACCGAGUCUGGCCUACAGGUCUACACGGCAUACCGGUUCAAGGUCACAGCGUGUACUACUAUUGGCUGCACGGACAGCCCCGAGGUCAGCAUCACCACUGCCCAGCGACCCCCGACCUUUGUCACCCCGCCCACUCUACUGGCCAGAGGCCCCACCUCCAUCGAAGUCAGCUGGGUGGAGCCUGCCCAGCUCAACGGUCGCCUGGAGAGAUACGCCCUGUUCCUGUCGGUCCAGCCUGGGCAGCUGGGCCAAGAGGUCUACAACUCCACUGUGCUGAUACGCAGUCACGUUCUGUCUGAGUUGAUGGCUGGAACGACGUACCUUGUGGUCCUCAGUGCCUGCACAGGGGGAGGUUGCACCAAUAGUGCACCAGCCACUGCACGCACAGAGGAGAGCAUUCCAGAGGGUGUACCAGCUCCCUCUGUGACUGUCAUCAGCCCGAAUGAGCUGCAUGUGUCCUGGACUGCACCUGAAAAUCCAAACGGAGUCAUCACCCGCUACACCCUGAUCCAGGACGGCUCCGUGGUCCUCGCCAAUCUCAGCCUGUCCUACCGCGCCACCGGCCUGGCCCCUCACAGCCUCCACAUCUUCCGCUUGGAGGCCUGUACCUCGCGAGGUUGCUCCUACGGUCCUGAGACCUCGGCCCGUACCGCCGAGGCCCCGCCCACGGGCAGCAUCAUGCUGAGCGUGUUUGUGACAGAUGCCCGCACCGUGUCAGCGCGCUGGACCGCGCCAGAUAACCCUAACGGUAUCCUGCAGUAUGAAGUGCUGUUCACUGGGAUAUUUUACGUUUCGCCGGAGACAGGGAACUACAACACCAUUUCACAGACCCGAACACUGCUCAACACCACCGACGCUAACAUGCUGGUGGCCAUCUCUGGUCUGAUCCCGGACUCGCCCUACACGGUGCAGGUACUAGGCUACAACACUAAGGGCAGCCUACUCAGUAACCAGCAAGACGUGCGCAUGACAAAAGGAAGUCCUGAUGGUGUGUUCCCGCCUACACUGGUAACCCUGUCCUCGACAUCCAUCCGUGCCCAGUGGCAGGUCCCAGCAAGGAACAAUGCACCUGGUGAUGCCAAGUACCAGCUACAGUUCCGGCCAACCCUGCAGCCAGGACUCCAAGAGGACCUGUUUGAUAGUCCAGUCACUGUGACUAGCUUCAUCAAGACUGGCCUGAGUCCCUACACUGAGUAUGAGUUCCGAAUCAUAGCGAGUAAUAACUACGGCGAGACAGAGAGUGACUGGACAGCUGCGUUUACCUCGGAGGCUGCACCUGGGCCAAUUGACCCUCCCAUGGCGGCCAUCUUGGAUGCCUACAGCAUGCUGGUAACAUGGGAGCAGCCAGAGCAACCCAACGGCAUCAUCAGUAGAGUCAGGCUGUACCAGAACAACCUACUCAGGCAAAUUCUGCCAGGCAACGCGACUGAGUUCCUAGCCGAUGGUCUCAUGCCGUACACUGAUUAUAACUACCAUGUUGAGAUGUGCAACAGUGCUGGAUGUACAAGCAGUGUACACUCAUUGACUUAUAGGACGCCUCAAGCAAUUCCCUCAGGGCUAGCGGCGCCCACCCUGCGCUCCGAGACACCCACGUCCGUCCUGAUCACCUGGUCUCCCCCAGACUCCCCCAGCGGGGUCCUGACUGGUUACGAGAUUCAACGCCGCGUCAAGGGCCUUGCUGCCGUCACCACGGUGGUAUCCAUCGGGCCGUCCAGCCCGUUGGUCUACCUAGACCAAUCCCCUGCCGUCACUCCCUACACGGUCUUUGAGUACAGGGUCCGGGUCCGCAACGGUAUUGGCAGUUCCUCUAGCUUAUGGCAGACGGUCACAACACUCUCGGCAGCUCCAGGGGGAGUAAAUCCACCCAGCGUAACCAUCCUAGAUCACCAGUCAGUGCUGGUUGCCUGGCAACCACCGGUUCUCACCAAUGGUGAAAUCAUCAGCUACACCAUACGGAUGCCACAGCCGAGGGUUUACAUCGGAGAUACCAACAGUACUAGCAGAGUAGUCAGCGGUCUGGUACCCUAUACCAACUACCUAGUGAGCAUAGAAGCCUGUACCAUCGGCGGCUGUACAGAGAGUAGCGGCACGCCGGCCCAGACUGAUCCCUACAUCCCCGCGGGCCAGGCGCCCCCUAGAGGCGACGCCAUCACACAGACCUACAUCUCGGUCAGUUGGAGUCCCCCCACCGGUCCCAAUGGGCCUAACAUCAGAUACGAGUUGCACAGGAUGAAGAUCAGGGAACCGCUUCAGCCAGGAACCCCAAUCGGUAUUGGUUUCUGGCAGCUCAUCUACAGCGGCACUCAAACCUUCUACGCUGAUCUCGGCUUGACUACCUACACCACUUACCAAUACCGGGUCACUGUCUCCAACGAUGUUGGCUCAUUGACCUCUGACUCCAGCGAUGAGGUCAUGACCUUGGCUGGCCGGCCGUCCGUCGGUGCAUCCCUGUCCGCGAUCGCCCUGGAUCACGUGACUGUGUCCCUGACCUGGACCACACCUACCUUACAAGAAUUGAAGGGAAGUGUCGUCAACUAUUUCAUCGAGUACGGUGCCAGCUCCACCCCCGGGAUUCGAACCACGGCCACCUACCCGCCGGGCGUGAGCUCUACCACCGUAGGACUACUCAUGCCCAACACGCUGUAUGAGUUUAGAGUGAUCAUCUUCAACGGUGCUUACAAUGUGUCCAGCAAUCUGGCCUACGUGGAAACCCUGGAUGGAGCUCCUGAAGGUUUUUCAGUACCCACCAUCAACAUCUUAAGCCCCUCAGCCCUCCGAGUCUCCUGGCAGUCACCCGCCCAACCCAACGGAGACAUCCUCCGCUACGACGUCUAUCAAGACAACGUCGUAGUGGCCACGUUACCCUCUUCGACAUUCUCACAUAUCCUGUCAAACCUACAACCCUACACCAUCUACAAGAUCCAGGUUGAAGUUUGCACCGUGUAUGACUGCCUCCUGAGCAACGCCACCUUCACCACCACCCUAGAGGCUCCCCCAACCGGGAUGACGCCCCCUAACCUGAGGGUACUGGGGUCUAGCGUCAUAGACGUCAACUGGGUGACCCCGACCCAGCCCAACGGCAUCCUCCUGCAGUAUGAGCUGUACCGUAGGGCUUACACAACCUGUGAUGAAGAGUCGGGUGGAGGCACAGGAACAGACAUAUGUUUCUACCUGGAGUGUAGUAUCACAGAGAGUGUCUGUGGUAAUCAGUGUUAUUCCGGCAGUCAGGUUUGCUGUGAGGGCGUCCUCCACAACCAGCAGCCUUCCUACGAGUGCUGUGGCACCAACUACCUCCCAGCCAGAACCGUGUCCUCAGACGUCUGCUGUGGCGGUCAGUUCCAUCCGUACCAGGCUGACCACCAGUGCUGCAGCGGUCAGUACGUCAGCGUGCCGGUCGGUCAGAUAUGCUGCUCGGACCCCAAUGAGGAUAGGGUAGCUGUGGGGCCCGGUGAUGCAUGCUGCAGAGGUGUGCCCUAUGACACAGCAGGACCUCAGAUAUGCUGUGGAGGUACAUUCUAUGACAAGACGCAGGGACUGUGCUGCCAGAUGACGUUUGUGUCCUUUGAUGGUACUUUCCAAGAUGGUUUCAACAGCCAGUGCUGUGGGUCUUCUGUGAUUGGAUCGGACCAGGUGUGUUGCCAAGAGAAUGACCUCACCAUGAGCUUUAACCCCGAACCUAACAAGGUGUGCUGCGGCAUUGAGUAUGUGGACCCUGAUGUCACUCUGUGUUGCUCAUCAGAAACUGGCAUCGUCAAGGUCCAUUCUUAUCCUACCCCACAAGCCAAGCGGUCAGCCAAUGACCAGUGCUGUGGCGCUGAGAAGAUCACCCCCUCACAGGCUUGCUGUAAUAAUGCGGGCUAUAACCCCCUGACGCAUGUGUGCGCAGACAGGGGCACCAACGUGGAGGGGAACUGCGGUGGGGGUACGGUGUGCCCAAUCAGCCAAGCAGCCACAGCUUACUGCAGCAGGUGUGACUUUGACAUGAACACCAAUGUGUGUGCCACAAUUGACAGUCGGUUCAUGCCAUCUCCCCCACCCUCUGCUAGCCCCACCCCAGGGGGCAGUGGUGUCUGUCUGACAGCCCUGGAUAGUGUCGCUAUUACAGGACCCAACACAUACUCAUAUUUGGAUGAGGAUCUGCUACCAUACACCACCUAUGAGUACGCCAUCACAGCCCACAACAGUGUCGGUAGUGCCACCAGCGAGUUCAGCAGUGCCCAGACUAACGAGGCUAUACCCAUAGGGGUAGCUGCCCCAGAGUGGAGAGUAGGCACUGGGGUGUUGGACACGAUCGUCCUGACCUGGACGCAACCAGCUUACCCAAAUGGUGUCAUCACAACUUACAUCCUACGACGUGACAACAUUGAGAUUUACCGCGGCCUCGACACUUCGCUAGACGACAAUCGAGGCAUUCAGCCCUACCAACAUUACACUUACGUACUCGGUGCCUGCACGAGCAUCGGAUGUGCCAACAGCGAGCCGGUGAUUGCCGCAACAUUACAAGACGCGCCAGCUAAUCUCUUUGAUCCAACGGUCACGUCCCUGGAUGCCAACACCAUCCAGAUCACAUGGCGGGAACCCGGGAGACCCAACGGUGUCAUCCAGGAGUAUAGAAUCACUGAGGCUGGCACAGCGGACCCUAUAUAUGUGGGAGACGCGACGGUGUUUGAGUUUCUCCACGGUGGUUUGUUUCCAUACACAAGUUACACAUACACCCUGGUUGCUUGUACAUCAACAGGCUGCACAUCCAGCAAUCCCAUCAGCAUCACUACACCUGAAGCACCCCCACAAGGCGUGUCCAGCCCAGUCCAUGUUGUGGUCAGUGCUACCAUUCUGGAGCUCUACUGGUCCCCGCCGGCUGUUCCCAAUGGCAUCAUCACUUCCUACCAGCUCUACCGCUUUGACCGGCUCGUGUACACUGGAAGCCAAUCAAGUCAGGUGUUCACCGACACCAACCUCUCUCCAAACACUCGCUACGAGUAUACACUCCGAGCGUCUACAUCUGCUGGCGGCACCAAUAGCUCUGUCUAUGCCUGCCAGACUCCGGAGAGCACUCCAGAGGCUAUCCCGACUCCUAGUCUCACCGUCCUGAGCUCUACGUCAAUCCGAGCCUCCUGGCAAGCACCUGCCAUCCCAAAUGGAGUCAUCAGAAGGUACGGUGUUGUCAUACUCAGCGGCACCCCAGAGCAGAGGCCCUAUUUCAGUGGCUUGGCUACCUCCAUCGUCAUCAGUAACCUGACCCCUUUCAGGCUUUAUGACGUCCGAGUCGAGGCGUGCACCGACGGGGGAUGCGGGCACGGACCCAAGGCUUUUGCCCGUACCUUUGAAGCUCCUCCCCAAGGGCAGGGAGAGCCAACUUUGGUCGCUACCGGACCCACUGUCAUCGAGGUGUCCUGGAACCCUCCGACAAACCCCAACGGGAACAUCACCAGGUAUAUGGUGUAUCGGCGGCAGUACGGCACUGCCCAGCUCUACCUUGUUUACCAAGGUGACGCAGCUCAGAAAAGCUUCACCAAUGCAGGAGGUGGCCUGUCACCAUUUACUCUCUUUGAGUACCGAAUCACAGUGCACAACUCCGAAGGGAUGGACGAAGGUCCCUGGGCUAAUGUCCGCACCCUAGAGGCCCCUCCACAAGGUGUGGCCCAGCCAGAGCUAGUAGCCGUCAGCUCCUAUGCCAUCAUGGCCAGCUGGCAGCUAACUGCCUUCCCAAAUGGACUCAUAACAGCAUACCGGCUGGAGUACCAGGAGCUGUCCAGUGAUCCAACCCUGCCUAACCCGGUUGUUCCUGCCGCAACUGUUGAAGGAAGCCUCUUUCAGACCACUUUUUAUGGUCUGUCCCCAUUUACUUCGUACCAGGUGCGCAUCGUGGCUAUCAAUGGAGCUGGGGAGACGGCUGGGCCUUGGGGCCAAGUCACAACCCAGGAGGGGGUGCCAGCAGAGAUCGGAGGGUUCACAGUGGUACAGCAAUCAGAUGGCCGGUCGCUGGUGUUACGUUGGCCGGAGCCUGGACAACCCAAUGGACACAUCCAAGAAUACCGUAUCUACGAAGACGUUUACCUCAUCACACCCAUCUAUGUCGGCCUGACAAGGGAGUACCUCUUCCGACGUUUGGAUCCGUACACAGAGUAUGUCGUGGUGUUGGAAGCGUGUACAAGCAUUGGUUGCGGGCGAGGCCAACCACAAACUGUCAUAACAGCAGAAGUUGCCCCUGCAAACCAAGCCCCGCCCACUGUUGGGGAAAUCACAUCAGCGUCAGUGCAGCUCCUCUGGAGCCCACCAGUCAGUGCUAAUGGUAGGGUUCUCCGGUACGACAUUGUGAGAUGCACAGCAACCUCAAGCAGACGUAGACGUGACACCGACUCCAGUCUUUUCACCGAUACUCGAGUCGUCCACCAAGAGUACAACACUGAUGCUGAUGCAUACAGCUUCACAGAUUACUCCCUGCAGCCGCACAAGCUGUAUGAGUACCGCAUUGUGGUUGUGAACGCCGUCGGUCAGGCUGAGAGUUCCUGGGUGUCGGUGCGGACCGAGGAGGCAUCCCCAGUAGGAGUGUUGCCUCCAGUGGUUUCACAUGUGGCCAAUGAUCCCACCACCUUGCAGAUCCAGUGGUCCGAGCCAUCACAGGCCAAUGGAAUCAUCACUGGUUACUUGUUGGGGAGGAACGACAGUGCUCCAUUCAGUUUUGAGAGUGAUGCCCCCAGGCAGUUCACAGAUCGGGGCUUGAUGGCCUACACAUUGUACGCCUACACCGUCACUGCAUGCACAGGCGGUGGCUGCACAGAGAGUGACCCAACGUACAUCCGGACUCUGGAAACAGCUCCAGGAAGUGUGGCACCUCCAGUGGCUGUCCCGAUCAGCUCAACAUCCAUCCAGAUUAGCUGGACAAGCCCAUCCCUGGAUGCCGGAGAGAUCAUACGCUACGACUUGAAAACGGACGGGGUUGUGGUUUACUCAGGCUCGGGUUUGGAGCACACUAGUACAGGCCUAGUUCCGUAUCAGGAGUACUCCUUCACAAUCUCUGCUUGCACAGCAGGAGGCUGCACUGAGAGCCUUCCGACACUUAGCAGACCUUUUGAAGCUCAGCCUGUUGGUAUGAAUCCACCCGUUCUACGAGCUCUUAGUGCCAUCUCAGUUGAGGCAUCUUGGAUAGAACCAGACAUGCCCAAUGGCUUGAUCCUCCGUUAUGAGCUGCGUCGGGACGGCAAGCUUGUCUAUGAUGGUGAUGCCACAAGGUUCCAGGACUUCGGCGACGGGGGUCGGGGGUUGACUCCAGGACAAGAGUAUUCUUACGUGGUGACAGCUUUCAACAGCCAGGGACUAGCCAUCAGUGAUCCAGCGACGGUCUUGACAUCGUCUUCCUCACCUGCUGGUCUGAACCCUCCCGACCUCACAGUUCUAACCUCUUCUUCCAUCCGGGCAACCUGGCUACCCCCCAUCUACCCAAAUGGAGACAUCCAAAACUACACCCUUUAUGUAGAGGGAAACAUCCUAUACUCUGGAAAACAGUUCAGUUAUGACGUCGAACGACUGCAUUUCUUCACCGAGUAUGAAUUCCGCAUUGGGGCCUGUACCUUGACUGGAUGUGCCCUGAGCGACCGUGCCCAUGCCCGCACCCUGGAGAAUGCCCCCAGUAACCAGCUAGCCCCUACCCUCACGCCCCUCACUGACAACCUAGGAGUUGCCAGCGGUGUGCUGGCAGAAUGGGGUCUGCCGCAGAAUCCUAACGGCCUGAUCCUUGGCUACAAGUUGUACCGUCGUCGCGUCUACCGCCAGACAAACAACCGGGACGAUCCAGUGUUGAUUUACGAGGGUCCCAACACCAGAUACACCGAUCUGGAUCCCACCCUGGUUCCAGACAAGACCUAUGAGUACAUGGUGACGUCUAUCAACUCAGAAGGAGAGACAUCAAGCUCAUGGGCACCGGUCAGAAUGCUGGAAGCGCCACCAGAGGGCUUACAACCACCCCAGUUACAGGAUGUUGGACCUACCACCCUGACAGUCAACAUCCUUGUCCCCAGCCAACCCAACGGUGAUAUCUCAAGUUACACAAUCAUCAGGAAUGGAACAGAGCUGAUAAUCACCACACUGACCAGCUACACCGACGGCCAGCUUCAGCCUUACACCGUCUACGCCUACUCAGUCCGUGCUUGCACAGCAGGGGGAUGCAUAACCAGUGAGCAGGCCACAGUCAGGACCAGCCAGGCGCUGCCUAGCGGUAUAGCUCCACCGGCAGUCACUGAAGUGGGAACAACCUGGAUCCACGUAGCCUGGGAUCCACCCGCCGAGACCAACGGAAUUAUCAUCAGGUAUGAGCUUCACAUGAGAGCGUCCUGCCCACCCACCAGCCAGCCCUUCAGCCAGCCCUGCACAGAGGCCGGCUAUCAGAGGAUAGACAAGGCCCUAGCGCUAGCCCACAAUGCCACAGGGCUGCGGCCUUACACCAACUACCAGUUCAUAGUGAUGGCUUAUAACAAUGAGGGUGCGGUCCAGUCACCGGAUAGCAUACAGGCGACACUGGGAGCAGUUCCAGAAUACGUUCCUGAAACCAAGCCAGCCAUCUUGACCAACGCCACCAGCAGGCUGAUCAGCGUCAGCUGGGCAGGUAGCUUCCGACUCAACGGCAUGCUGACGGAGUACCAGCUGACGGAGAAUGGAGAUGUGGUCUAUAGCGGCAUUGCCACCGGUGUCAGGCGGCCCCUGAAGGCACAGCAGUACGAGUGGACAGUGAUGUGUAAGACCACCGUUGGAUCAGUGUCCUAUCCAACCAUCAUAUAUCAACCACCAGAUUCUCCCAAUGCGACGCGAGAGCCCCAAGUGGUAUGGUACAACACGGUUUGGUUCAUUGCCAUCAUGGUCCUGGUGGGCGUGGUCAUUCUAUUCAUCCUGAUUGCCGUGGUCUUGAGUCGCCUGGGUACGCGCAAGCCCUACGAGAGGGAGCGACGACCGUUACCCCCACGGCAGCAACGCGGCAACUUCACCUUCAACACCUGCGGGAAGUACUCAGAGACGGAGAGCAUUCUGGACCCCAUCCCUCAGGCUGUCAGUCGGUCAGCCAGCAUGCACAGCCUUCGCAACGCUUACAUCAACCCUACCUUCCUGGAUCCUAGCCAAGGGGGCCUGCCCCAGCCUCCGCUCAGCUACAGCCGGGGCACCACGCCGGAGAAGAUGAAGCAGCAGUUUGACGACUCGGGCUGGGACAGUCGCGUGCUGCUCCCCAAACAGGACAGUGGCAUGGUUAGUAUGGCCGAUGGUUUUGAUGAGGAUACAAUGACGCACAUCAGCCAGCCGUACAGCUACACCAAGGAACAGACCAUGUUCACCGACACUCACCUAUGAGUGGCUUGGCAAGGAUGCCUCUCAAGUCUUGAAAACUGCAACACCAAGAACUCAAACAUGUGACUUAAUGAUGAAAGUCGGUCAUCUUUUUAAAACAAACACUUCGGUAGCAUACUAGACAGGUGAUAUUGCUGGCGUGGACGUUUUACUUAAACUUUAUAUGCAUAUCACAGUAAUUGAAAAAUUAUGCAUUAUUUCAGUGUCAAAUUGAGAUUUUAUCAUAGAGCUUUAUUAAAUUACAAGAGCGCUAACUCGAUGUACAAAGAGAUGCCUGAUGGGCGCAUCCAUGUUUGUACACAAACCUAUAGAGAACUCGAAAUUUUGUACGGCUUUUGUACGUCUAUUUGCAUAUCUGCGUUUGUAUUCCAUACCAGUGCGUCAUUGAAGCCAAUACGCACAAAACCAAAACACAUGAUCAGCAAAUGAGCGUGUCAUUUUGCUCUACGCAAACAGCGCAACGCACGCGUAUUCGCUGCAGAUGCUUUUUGCCUUGACGUAUUUUGAACUGUCAUGACGCGCUUAAGUUGUUUGCGUAUGUUCUACUCGUGCGUUGCAUGUAGAGUACACUUUUAAAAUUCAAUCCAUCUAAUUUCAUUGUGUUCUACAAACACGCACAUGAAUUCAAACUGUCUGCGCCCAGAGCGGCUUCAAAACGUCAACGCGCGUAUAGAAUGAGGAGUUAGCGCUCUAGUAAUUUAAUAUAGCUCUAUGGAUUUUAUGCAUUUUGGAAAUGAAAGUGCAGUCAUGUGCCUGAACUAUGUAUAUAGUGAAUAUCGUCUGUGGCCUUAUUCCAGAUUUUCUUAGCCAUAUUCGAAGCCUUCUUCAAACUAUUUUUUUUUGCAGAGAUUGAUGUUUUGUCAUUUCUUUAUAAAUUUUGUUGUGUUUUGAGCGGAAAUUUUUUCUCUGCUCUGAAUUUGUAUUGAGUAACUUUAAGCAUUGUGUGUAUGUUUUAUUUCUUAACGUAAUUAUCAAUAUCUCAAGUACUUCGGAUUUUUGUGUGCAGGUCUUUCAAAAUAUAUACUGUAUUUUGCCAUUAUAAAAAAAAAGUUGUUUUUAAACUUUUGAAGAGUGAUUUUUGAAACUUUUGUAAAAAUGCAUGUAAAAUAUGGCCGUUUGUACUAAUUAAUGAUGUUUUGAUCAUGCCUUAAAUAAUUUGUAAUUGGAAGCUGAGGUAUUAUGUGUGUGUACUUAUCUUAGGGUUCAGGAUUAAAUGAAAGGAGUAAAAUCAUGUUUUCUAAUGCAGAUAUUUUGCUAAUUGUAUUCAUCAAUAAAUGAAUUUAGAGGUACUGUAAGUCUUUUUUAAAAACUGUUACCACCAUGACAUAGAUUAUGAAUGAGAUUGAAAUAAUAAUAAAUAAAUAAGUUGUAAUGCUUA